AGGGAAAGUGUUCAGAGGGGGGAGGGGUGGUGUCCCGUCGGCAGAAACACACACAGACAGACACACAGACAGCUCACACAGACAGACAGCAGGCAGCAGCUGCAGAGAGAAGGAGCACCGGUACCGUUACUCUACUCUGCAUUAGAGACAUUCACAUUAAACGAUUCCUCUAGCUCCAGAAGACACACACACACAGAUCAGGACAGCAAACAACACACACAGCACUACAUCUUAAAAUGGUAGACCGCGAGCAACUGGUGCAGAAAGCCCGGCUGGCCGAGCAGGCGGAGAGGUAUGAUGAUAUGGCAGCAGCCAUGAAGUCGGUCACAGAGCUGAACGAAGCACUAUCCAAUGAGGAGAGGAACCUGCUCUCUGUGGCCUAUAAGAAUGUGGUCGGGGCGAGGCGUUCAUCCUGGCGCGUCAUCUCCAGCAUCGAGCAGAAGACGUCGGCCGACGGCAACGAGAAGAAGAUCGAAAUGGUGCGAGCCUACCGGGAAAAGAUCGAGAAGGAGCUGGAGGCCGUCUGCCAGGACGUGCUCAACCUCCUCGACAACUUCCUGAUCAAGAACUGCAACGAGACGCAGCACGAGAGCAAAGUGUUCUACCUGAAGAUGAAGGGCGACUACUACCGCUACCUGGCCGAGGUGGCCACGGGGGAGAAGAGAGCCGCGGUGGUGGAGUCCUCCGAGAAGUCCUACAGCGAAGCCCACGAGAUCAGCAAGGAGCACAUGCAGCCCACCCACCCCAUCCGCCUGGGCCUGGCUCUCAACUACUCCGUCUUCUACUACGAGAUCCAGAACGCCCCGGAGCAGGCGUGCCACCUGGCCAAGACCGCCUUCGACGACGCCAUCGCCGAGCUGGACACCCUGAACGAAGACUCCUACAAAGACUCCACUCUGAUCAUGCAGCUGCUACGAGACAACUUGACGCUGUGGACGAGCGACCAGCAGGACGACGAGGGAGGCGAGGGCAACAACUAAAGAGUCCAAAACCUCAUUCUGCCAAAACAACACGCGCGCUCACAAAUGAUGACAAAAUAAUAAUACUAGUUAAAAAGUUCUUAGAAUUUAAAAAAAAGGGAGGGGAGGGGGGAAGGCGGUGGAACAUCGGCUGCCAAUUUAGCCGAUUGUACUAACGUGGCUGCUGUUCUUUAUUUUUCAACAAAUUAAAAGUGAAAAAAAAAAAAGUUGACGGAGGGAAUUUUAGUUUGAGAAAUAACCUACGAUUAAAAAAAUAAAAAAAUAAAAGAAUGAAACCCCCUCCUUGGUAGCCUCUGCAGCAUUUUGCCAAAAUACCACUUUAGAAGCAAGAGGUAUGUCGUUCAUCGCAGUGUGACUAUUGGGUAGCGAUACCUUCACACUGGCAGAGACUGGUCUUAUCGCGCAAACGAAGCUGAGCUGUCUUAUUGUAUUUGGUGAGGGGAGGAGCAUUCAGAAGUUUCGAUGCUUGAGCAACCAGAAAAAUUUAAGAGUAACCUUGAAUGUCACGGCCUUGCUUAGCGGGAGAGAAAGACGAGGGAUCAGAGCGAGUGGUUACUGAGAUGAAGACGUGGCUUUUUAAGGGGGGUGUCGAACUUCAUUGUGUAACUUCAAAAACAUCUUUUAGUUGCACCACACUAUGAUCGUCGAGUGAAAAGCAGGUCGUCUCUGUUAUUGAGGAUAACAUUAAAAAAAAUAAUGUUUUUGUUUGCUUUGUGUCAGGUUAUGUGUCCAGCUCAGUCACACAGUCGUACUGUAACUAAAAAUACAAAUUCAUAAAGUAAACUUAGUGCAGCUUGUCCCUCUCAUGUGCUGAUGUGCUUUAUUAAAUAAAUUAACUGUUUUUGGACACCUAAUUCUUAUUGUCAGUAUUGUCGUUACUAUAACAACUCCUAUUGGCUCCUUGUAGGGAAACGAUUUGAUUCACAGAAAUCCAGAUAGCGAAAUAAAAUUAAUGGAAAUUAGACGAAAAAAAAAGUGAUUUAACACGAUCAUGUCCACCCUUAUUCUCUAGUUCUGCUAUCUUCAUAACAACCAGUAGGAAACGACACCUGGACCCACAGACUUGAUUAGUGAACUCAGUAUAAUUUGUGGACAGAGCACAUGCAAAUGUUAAGUGGAAGCUCUAAAAGCAGAUUUGAGGUUUGUGGAUUUACUUUGUCUUCGGUUUCUUCUCGGUCAAGAAAUGCACUUGCCUAUUAUACUGUUUCUUCAGUGUAAGAUGAUAACUGCUCCAAUAUUCUCCAUAAUACAAUAUUGUGCAUGCUGGUGAUGUAUUUAUACAGUAGCUUCAAUUUAUUAACUUAUACUGUAGAUGUUAUGUAUUCAUAUGAACAUGGAAAUUACUAGACCUUAAUCGGAUUUUAUUUUCUAUUUAUUUCUUUUUAUUGCGAUUGUUAGCUAGACCUUAUUUUAAUCUGUGUUUUCUUUACUCCAUUUGCUGAAGUACGCUAUACCAAAACAGUGAUUGUUAACAAUAAAUUGAUCUGUUACGGACA